AUGGAGAAGAAGUUUAGGGUAAAGAAGAAAGCAUGGAUGGGGAAGAAGUUUGGGAUGGAGAAGAAGUUUGGGAUGGAGGAGAAGUUUGGAAUGGAGGAGAAGAAUCGAAGUAUGGAGAAGAAGUUAAGGAAGAAGAAGUUUAGGAAGGAGACGAAGUCAAGGAAGAAGAAGUUUUGGAUGGAGAAGAAGUUAAGGGUAAAGAAGAAAGCAUGGAUGGGGAAGAAGUUUGGGAUGGAGAAGAAGUUUGGGAUGGAGGAGAAGUUUGGAAUUGAUGAGAAGAAUCGAAGUAUGGAGAAGAAGUUAAGGAAGAAGAAGUUUAGGAAGAAGACGAAGUCAAGGAAGAAGAAGUUUUGGAUGGAGAAGAAGUUAAGGAUAAAGAAGAAAGUAUGGAUGGGGAAGAAGUUUGGGAUGGAGAAGAAGUUUGGAAUGGAGAAGAAUCUACUAAGUAUGGAGAAGAAAUUAAGGAAGAAGAAGAAGUUAAGGAAGGAGAAGAACUUUCGGAUGGGAUGGGAUAGGAUAGGAGAUUAUAUAGUUAAGGAUGGAGAAGAAACUUGGGACGUAGAAUGA